UAAGAACAGACACCUACAGUGAUGCAUCCAAUACAGGAAAUAACAACCAACAACAUACGGGGAAUACAGCUGGCGUGACGCAACUUCCCGAACGCGAACUUACAGGCGGCCAAAGUACCGGAAAUGAGGAGCUUGCUGUCAUAAUGCCGGGUCUUAGAAAUGCAGAGCUGUGUUCUCUGGAGUCGCCUAUGACCAAAGCUGUUUCGCACCUGUACCCUGUACUGCAUAUCUUUAGUGACCUGGAAAAUGGUCAAGACCCAAGACAAAAAUUGUAUCAGCUGGAUUUACAGCUUCCGACAAUAGCCCUGGAAUCUGGGGCUAAGAAAGAAAAUCAGACGUUGGGAAGGAAUAUCAAGAGCACUGAGACUGGGUGCAGUUUAGGACUUGUCUUUGAGACCUUAAACAAAGAUACAAAUAAAAUUGCUAACUCAAGAGCACCUGUAAUGUUGGAUAGAAUCGAAAAAGUGGCCUCUGCUGAGGUGACCCAGUCUUCUGAGAAUGUGCUGCUUAAAGAAUUGGAGGACUCAUCAGAGCUGCCGGCGGAAGACGAUCUUCAAAAUAUUACUCUGAAUCACAACCUGACCAGCCUACUGCAUAGAAUAGGUGUUCGAGAUCUGAGUGAUCCUCAAUCCAAGUUAAAUGAGAAUGAUUUAAGCAUGAUGUCUGAGCAAGUCAUAAAUACUAAUAGUAUUCCUUGUGGCAAAAACAAAGACCUGCCCCCCUCAGAAAGAGAUCACACCUUAAAUUGUACUAUAAAGAGCAUAGGAGAAUCUCCAGGAAUCCAUCUCCAAUUCUUAAAUGAGGAGGUGGUGGUAGUGGCCGACUCACAGAAAGACAUAAGGGUGCAUGUAAAUGAAAGUGCUCAGUUAUUGAAAUCACUUGACGUAUCCCAUAGGCCUUGCACUGGCACACAGAUACCAACUAAAAUGUGUGUAAAAAACGACGACAAUUUAAACAGAGACUUGAACUCAGAUGAAGUGAUAAAAUAUACCAGUAGACCUAAUCCAAAGAACCAGAUGAGUCCUCAAACAAAUGUCAGUGAUAAAGAUGACUAUGAAUGCAGAAUGCACUGUGUACAACAAAAAGAUUUGUCUGUAGAAUUUAAAGAAACACACUUGAAGUCAACAUUAUUGAGAAAAGUGCCUUGCCAGACAGCAGACAGUAUUAAGGCUUUUGUAAAAAAACACCUACCAUCUACUCUAACUAACAAAGAUCAUGAAUCUGCACAUGUGAAUGCACUUGUCCCAUAUAAAAGCUUAUUUUUGGACUAUACAAAUGUGCCUUCUAAACAAUGCAAAAUCAGUUUUCAAGAUCUAGAGGUUAUCCAGAGUGGUAUGAAAAGUAUCAUUAAUCGGAAAAUAUUUAAAGAUGCUUUUGAGCUAAAAGCUUGUGACGCAUUGCAGAACUUUGUAGGGAAUGUUAGUUUGAAUCCUAAGAGCUGUGUAAGAAAUGCAGAUUAUGGUCAGGCACUUCCAAUGCACCCAGCCAGUCGUCUACACUUAAAUGCACGUCCAGCUAUAAGUUUUGAUAACCUACCAAAUCUUCCUAAGGGUUUUAAUAUACCACUUAAAAUCAAUUUUCUUGAUUUUCUGACUACCGGAGAAAGAAUUUAUUUGGCAGGAAGCUCUAAAAAUGUUGCUUUUUCUCUGGAUAAAAGUAGGCUUGAAUUAUCAAAAAACAAGUAUGCCCUCUCUAUUCCUGAAGGGAGUGAACUAAACAAUACGUCAAUGGGAAGAGUUGUUUACAAGACCAGAAGUGACAGACAUUGCAUGGAACAAAGUAAUGGGUCCUGUAUUCAUGAAGAGGUAGGUGGGACUCGGUUUUCAGUACCAUUGAGUGCGAAUAUCACAGAGAAUAAUAAAGCUAUUUCAAACUGUUCGUAUUUUAAUUUAAUGCCUGACUGUGCCAUACUACAAUGUGAUAGUGCCAUUAAGAACCACAUUUACAAUAGAGUUGCUGUGGCUGGUUCGCAGUCUCGUACUAACUCCGUUUCUAAGCACUGUGGUUUCUUAGUGUCUGAGAAUUCAGAUGAGAUGUGCAAAGUUCUGGCUUCUGUAGAACUCACAUCUGGAAGAAGAGCUUCAGAAAAUUGUACUACUUUGGGAACAGAAUACUAUCUGCAAGAAAAUAUUUCCCCAAAGGUUUCAGUGGAAAAUGAGCCAUCAGUUCUACCAACCGUCCAACAUGCCACAAGAAAAAGGAAAAGAUCUACUAUUAUGAAUUGGAUAGAAGGUAAAGGACAAUAUCCUUGUAAAAGGGCUAUUUAUAAAAUCCACCAAAACUUGCAAGAUUCCAAAACUCCACUUCUGCAAAAGCAAAUAUCUAAAAGCAAAUUAAAGCAGACAAAUCUUAACCACUGUUCAGUGAGUGCAGGACAUACUGCUAAUUCCAAAAUUGAUAUUGGAACAGAAUACCAGAGCCUUAUUAGCACAACACCUCAAAAAACAACAAAUUCAAUAACCAUUCAAAAUGUCCAGUCCCCUCAAAACCUGUUGUUACAGCACACUAGAAGCAGUACAGUUUAUGAUGGACAGAAACAAAAUGAAAUCUCCCAGAAACUUCAUACACAUCUGCUCAAAACAUCUUGUAAUGUCGGUGUUUCUAGUGCCUUUAGUAACCGUUCCUGUUUUGCCAAAAGCAUCUUUGUUGAAAAAGGACCCAAAGGAAACUGUAACCUUUCCCUUGCAAAGGCAAAUCUGACGCCUCAUCAAUCAAACAAUCAUGCAGCUGCAACACUUAAAUUAUUUAGCACAUCUGUCACAGAGGAUAAUUGCAAAUCCCUUUUUUACAACCAUAUGAAGCAAAUGCUUUUGGUCUCUGAAACCAAAAUGGGCAGGAAGCAGAGCAAGCUGGCACCAAAAGGAGUGGUUGCCCCUUACAGGAAACCUUCAGUCUUCCACAAGAUUACUAAAGAUCAAGUUUUAUUGCACCAACUGUCUUCUCUAGCCAGCAGGCUUGUGUCCCCACAUAAGAGUGACCGGGAACUGAAAUCUUUAUCUCACAUGGUAGAUGGGAUCCACAUAGUAGAUGUUCAACUACAAGCCAGGAAACUGCUGAGGGCAUUUUCUUGUGUCAGAAUGAGACUGCCUUCCACCUCACAAGAAUCCUCAAAUGCUGUAAUAUUUACAGCUGCUAGGGAUCGUCUGAUCUCCCAGCAUAUGAAUGUUCAUCCUGCAACUCCUCACACUGGUUUCUAUCAUUCCAAUGAUUACAGGUUUUCUCUGGAUCCCAGUCAUUCUUCCACAUUCCCAGUUUCCUUCCACAUGAAGAUUGAUUCAAAGCACUUACCAGACUAUUUGAGGUUCACUUCUCCAUUAUCUAUGAGUAAAAGGCAAGCUUCAACUACCAAUUUAUCACAGAUUUCUGAAUGGACACUUUCUCUGUUCCUUUCUUCACACAUCCCUGCUUCAGAAAAUGUACAACUCCUCACACAAUGGAGCCCCCACUUUAAAGCCUUAUUACCCUGUAAUACAGUUUCCAGUCUUGGAAUACCCACAUUAAAAACAGGCACUGGUUGUUCCAUGCACGGUCUUUAUACUGUCUUAGCACUUUCAUCACCUGGAUGCUAUAGGUUAUGGACCAGGCGUAGGAACCUAGGGAGCAGACUCCCCACCGUCCAGAGACUUUCUGUUACUCAGUUUGCACAGGGCCUAAAGGGAAUACAGCCUCUUCAGUCACAGGAACUCUUUUCUUGUUUGCCCUAUUCUCUUGGUCGAAUUCUGUCCACUUGGAGCCAGCAUGGCCCAUCAAAUUCCCUAUCCAAUAGUGCCAAUCACAGUACCAACUGUUGUUCAUGGCAGAAAAGCCUGGAUGUCAAAUACAGGAACAAAGAAUUGUUUUUGGCUGCUCCACUACUGUUUAAAACUAUACCAUACUUGGACAUACACAGUUUUAAAGACAAUCCUGCCAUUGCUGUGCUGCCAAAGACUUCUCUUCAUCAGAAAGACCUGACUCCUCUAGAUUUUUCUCCUCCCAAAGCCCUGGUUUCUCCACCUGAGCAGCAAGAGUCUUUACCAAUUACGUGUAUACAGCCUAAUCGGAAAAAUCAGAAGCAAGAUUUAGAAAGAAAGCCUCAAAGGGUUUCACAAAUUCGAAUACGCAAGACAGUGCCGAAGCCAGACCCCAACUUAACGCCAAUGGGUCUUCCAAGGGCCAAGAGAAUAAAGAAAAAAGAGUUCAGUUUGGAAGACAUAUACACAAAUAAAAACUACAAGUCUCCCCCACCAGAUCGAAAACUGGAAACAAUUUUUGAGGAGCCAAAAGAGAGAAAUGGCAUUUUGGAGUGUAUUUCCCAGCAGAAAAGGAAGCGUGUUUUGGAGUUCCGGGAUUGUACAAUCCCCAGAGUAAAACGUCCAAGGGUCAAAGUAAAAAUCAUGGUGGGUUACAAGAGGGGCCGUAAAGCUGCCAUUGAAGGGGAACAACUGGAUGCACUACUUAAACAGAAACUCUGUGAGCUGGAUCGUUUUAUAAUAGAGCAGGAAGCUACAGAAAGCAAAACCGAGGCUGCUGGAAUAUUCUGUUUUGAACACUGAAAGGUUUCCCUCCUAAGAAGCAUUAGAAAUACAAGAUAGACCAGUGCUUCAUAAGCCAGUUCUUCCCAAUCUUGAAUUUUUGGUGAAAUAUUUUCUCCGUGGAUUGAAUUUAAAAGCAGGGCAUGCCCUUGUGAGUUUGCAUUUCUAAUUGCAAGUAGGUCCCCAAGAAGGAAUCUGUGUGUGCCCUGGAUGAUGUUGAGAAUGCAGUGAUGUGUUGCAUUGAACCUGCACUUUUACCCUGGGACACUAAGAGCCGCUAGUAUCCCCUUUUUCCGAUUUACUGGAUGCGGAUUUCGAUUUCUUACAAUAUCCCAUAAUAUCUUAGUCCAAAGAGCUGCACUUGUGCACUGUUAGGAAGAAGAGCUUUGUUGCACUUGUUUAAAUUGUAUUUACCAUAUUUAUAUUUUAAAAAUGUCUUAAUGGCUCUUUUAAACUGAAUCAGAGUAGAAAGUGGACUAGAAUCUUCACAAUGAAUGUAAAUAUCCUAAUGCAUAGUGUGUGAGAGAAUAUAUGGAGUGUUCCAGGCCCCUGAUGAGUGUGAACCUGACUUGGUCUUAUUGGCUACAUGGGCAGCUGAAGGCAAUGGGAUUUGCAGUUGCAGAGACAUGCUAGUUGGCUAAUUUUGCUUUCAGCAUUUUGAGAAAACUUGACAGGCAGAUACUAAUCAUACUGCUGUGUGCUGCUUUUUAUUCUUGUCAUAGAAAUGUGGCAAAAGGACACUGCUAGGAUGCAAUUAGACAUCUGCCCGAGGUCUGUUUUUUAGUUAGUUCCAUAUUUCUAAAGUGAAGGAAUUAAAUAUGUUAACAGUUUCCAUCCAUCAGAAUUCUACACUGCGUUAGUCUGUUUUUUGUUGAGCUUUUUUUAAGGACUGUGCACUACUCGCCUGGUGUUCAGCGCCAGCUUCCUGUGCAUGUGUGCUGGAGAGAUAAGAAGUGUUCUCCGGAGUGUAUUUUUUUGUGAAUUUGAGAUGCGUGUUGUGUUUUUAAUUUAUACACUUAUAAUAAAUGUCAGUUGCUCUUUUCAUGAUUUAAAAUUAGCUGUGAUAAUUUAUAUAAAGAUUUGAUAAAGCACAUUCGUGUCACUU